AUGAGAAGAGGUUUUUUACUGUUAUGUCUGCUCCUCGUCAAACUUCGAUGCGGUCAGUCCAGCUGCGAGGAGCCCGAGUCGCGCAAACUAACUUCACUUCAGAUUCUGGGUUUGACUAACCCCCGAGCAAACCUCAUAAAGAGGUAUAGCGAUUUGGAUUAUGACAGUUUUGUGGGUCUGAUGGGAAGAAGAGACGCUGCAGCAGAAGAAGUGCAGUACCCCCAAAAAAGGGAAAUGCAUGACAUCUUUGUUGGAUUAAUGGGGAGGAGAAAUUCUGAGCCUGAUCUAGACAAUGGUCCUUGGAGGAGAGCAUUACCUGAAAGAAGAGGGGUCUUUCUGAAUAAGUGUAGGCUGAGGUUUCUCCAGGGGCUGUGA